AUGGCAUGCCAAGAGAAAAGAAAAGACCAAAAAUGUGGCCAGCACUUCCGCUACAACGCCGCGUAUUGCGGAUUCGAUGCAAUGAGUCAUGAAGGUCUACGAUUCAUCGGUGUAGUAAAGCGGCACGCUGUAAAUCCCGAAAAAUUUCGACGCGCUGCUCAAGACCCGUGGCAGGCAAAAAGUGCUAAACUACGGACGAAAAUACGGCCUGGAGCAUCACCGCGGCAUUUAACGAAUGAAGAGAUUGAGGUCAUAAAGAUUGAGGAUGUCGCUUUGCUGCUGCGC